AUGCAUGAGAUAUUGUUGGCUCCUGAGGCAUCUAUGCCGCCUAUGGCGCCUAUGCCUCUGCCCUGCCCCAUCCCCAAGAUGAUGCCGGCGGUCAUCACUACCGUCAUCGGAGUCGUCCGAGUCGUCCGGGUCACCUGGGUCGUCAUCGCUCCCCCCUCCCGAAUGGCGGUCUCCAUUGGCGUUGCUAUGGUUUUCAUCAUCAUCGUCCUCCUCUCCGUCUCCUGGGGCGGCUGGAUCGACGGGUACGAAACCUCGGCACGGUAA